UGAACAAAUUUCUAAUGCCGAAGAUUACAAGAACUUGUAUGAUACAUCAGAAACCUUUAAAAAAACUUCAAAUGAUGAACUUAACAAGUGGCUAAUCAUUUCAAAAUCAUUAAUGAAUGAAGAUGGUAUUGAUGAUUUGAAAAAGUUUAGUAAUCAAUCUCAGGAAUUUAUCACAUGA